AUGACGGGUGACCCUUGCCCUGAGCCUCACCAGCGAAAAGAGAAUUCAACCUGGCAACGUAUAGGAAGCAUAGAUCAAACCUCUCGAACUCACAAUGACAUGGAACCACGGCUUAAACAUGGGAUCCCAAUGCAAGUGCUUCGAUCCCUCUUGCUUGCAACAUGGUUCAACUGCUGUUGUGUCGCCAUUCUAGUGACUCAGGUGCUCGGUGCUCCUCUCUAUCUAAUAAGCAAGGAUUAUUAUUAUGCAUACAUGGCAUACACGAAGCAGUCCUUCGGGCUGGUCAUCACAGCUCUUACACAAUGGGGCUGUCCGACAUUUGUUAGAGUUAGUGGCGAUAAGAGUGUGCAAGGCCAAAUUCACCUGACAGAAGAUGGCCGGUUGAAAACUGAAUUUCCGGAGCGCUUGGUUUUGAUUGCUAAUCACCAGGUUUAUACCGAUUGGAUUUACUUGUGGUGGGUCGCGUAUACGAACAUUAUGCAUGGCCGCAUUUUCAUCAUCCUCAAAGAGUCUCUCAAGUACAUCCCGAUUGUCGGUCAAGGUAUGACAUUUUACGGCUUUAUUUUCAUGGCUCGCAAAUGGCUAUCCGACAAACCCCGGCUACAGCAUCGUUUGGAGAAGUUGAAAACCCGGCAUUCAGGCUCCAAGUCAGAAUCGUCUGAAUAUGACCCCAUGUGGCUGUUAAUCUUUCCUGAAGGGACGAAUUUGUCAAUUAAUACCAAGAGGCGUAGUGAUGAGUAUGGCCAAAAGCAAGGGUUUCCACCUCUAAGGCACGAGGUUCUCCCGCGGUCGACCGGCCUCUUUUUUUGCCUACAACAAUUGAGGGGCACGGUUGAUUGGGUGUACGACUGCACCGUAGCCUACGAAGGACCUCCAAAAGGAAGCUAUCCCGAUAAAUACUUCACGCUCCGAUCAACAUAUCUUCAGGGAAGACCCCCGACAUCCGUUAAUAUGUACUGGCGACGAUUUUCUGUAUCAGACAUACCAUUAGAUGACCAGAAGGAAUUCGAUGCCUGGCUCAGGGCCCGGUGGACGGAAAAGGACCAGCUGCUUGAUGAAUACUUCGAGACGGGAAGAUUUCCAUCUGAUUUAGGGGGCUUUGUUCACAACGUGGGCGUUUCCGAAAGUCUAAAAGCUGCCGCCGCUGCUGGAUACGUGGAAGUAUUUGUUAGACUGAGACAUUGGAGUGAAGUCGGGCGUAUAUUUAUGGUAUUAAUUGGCGCUGCUCUUCUGUGCAAAGUACCAAAACUCUUGGGUUUUUGA